AAAUUUUAAAACAACAACAACACAUGUUUGACGUUUAAUUUUGUUGUACAUGUCAAAGAUUUACUGCUGUAAUUUUUGAGAGGUUAUUUUCUGAUUUAACACUUAAAAAAAGAUAAACAAACCAUACAAUGUCGUUUAAUUAUAUUUUAAAUACAGCCAAAAGUAGAACUCCGAUAUUAGACGUCAUACGUAAUGCUAGUAAGAAAACUGGAGGCAGUACUAAAAACACAAAUUGUAAAGUAAAACCUAAGCACAGAGGUUGGAAGGUACAGGACGGACAUUAUGUGAAGGCCGGUCACAUGCUAGCUACUCAACGAACCACUCGAUUCCAUCCAGGAUUAAAUGUCGGUUUAGGAAGAAAUGGAACACUCUUCGCGAUGGAGGCUGGUAAAGUGGUGGUAACCUGUGAGAAAUUUGAUCCGUUCUGGGAACACACUUGGGUACAAAGAAUUUACAGUGGCAGAGAAGACCAAACAAUAUAUAAGAAGUAUUUUAAUGUUAUACCUGAACCACAGCAUAAUAGAUUUAAAUUAAUCGAUGAAAUUUAGAACAUUUGUUUUUAU